AUGGCUCAAAGCGAACAGGCGCGCGCCGGACGGACGAUGCGUGACGCGCACUCUUCGAUCGCGCUCUCUAUGGUUAUCAUAGUCCCCAAGGCCCAGACGUCACCUACGUCCAGAAAAAACGAGAGAAAAUUUAUUCCACAAUUGCAGAUUGGUGAAAACUGCGUAAAGGUGCUAAGAUUGAGUAAGCCUUUUGCUUGUGUGAGAACGAAGAUGGAGGAUGGCAUAUCUACUUAUACUGUGGAUGAGGCACUUGUGUCCAUGGGGUUUGGGAAAUUCCACGCAUUCGUGCUUGCAUACUCUGGAAUGGCUAAAAUCUCUGAAGCAAUGGAGAUGAUGCUUUUGUCAUUUGUUGGGCAAUCAGUUCAAGCUGAGUGGGAGCUUUCUGCACAGGAAGAAAGUCUCAUAACAAGUGUUGUCUUCGUGGGGAUGCUUGUAGGAGCAUAUGCUUGGGGCAUAGUUUCAGAUAACUAUGGAAGAAGGGUUGGGUUCAACUUCACAGCCAUUGUUACUGGAGGAGCUGGUCUUCUUAGCGCUUUCGCACCAAAUUACUUAUCUUUGAUUGUACUGAGAUUUAUGGUUGGUGUUGGACUGGGUGGUGGGCCGGUUCUAGGUUCUUGGUUCCUAGAGUUCAUCCCUGCUCCUAACCGAGGAACUUGGAUGGUCAUGUUCUCAGCAUUUUGGACUGUUGGCACAAUAAUGGAAGCUUCUCUUGCUUGGGCCGUUAUGCCAGCUUUUGGCUGGAGGUGGCUGCUGGCACUCUCAUCAUUGCCAUCGUUUGCUCUACUACUCUUCUACCCAGUGACACUUGAGUCACCAAGAUACCUAUGCAUGAAGGGUAAAAUAGCUGAAGCAGUUCAUGUUUUGGAAACAAUGGCACGAGUGAAUUGUGUUUCUCUCCCCUCUGGUCGACUUGUCUCUGGCAUUCGGACAGAACUUCAUGAUAUCGGGGAUUCCUCAGAAACAGCACAAUUGAUGACAUCUAAGAAAAAUAAUACCACUGAUCAUGCUAGCAAAUCUGAGAUUGGAGGCCUCAACGCCAUAUUAAAGCUUCUAUCUCCGAACUUAAUCAGAUCGACUCUUCUACUUUGGACCGUCUUUCUUGGUCAUGCCUUUUUGUACUAUGGUCUUGUUCUGCUAACAUCAGAAUUGAAUCAUGGAAAUAGGAUCUGUGGAUCAGAAGAGGGAGCAGAAGUGACAACAACAGCCCACAUACAUGAUGAAAAUCUCUACAGAAAUGUAUUCAUAACCAGCUUUGGAGAGGUUCCUGGCCUUCUCCUGUCGGCUGCCAUUGUCGACAAGAUCGGGCGCAAGCUCUCAAUGUCUUCCAUGCUUUACAUCAGUUGCCUGUGCAUAUCUCCGCUUAUGUUUGCCCAGACAGAAUCUCUGACAACCGUGUUUUUAUUCGGUGCCCGGGUUUGCAUCUCAGCAAGCUUCACUGUUCUUCAUAUCUACGCCCCUGAGAUAUACCCAACUGCUGUUAGGGCCACGGGUGUCGGGUUUGCAAGCUCAAUUGCUCGGUUUGGUGGAAUCCUGUGCCCUCUUGUGGCCGUCGGUCUGGUGCACGCAUGCCACCAGAUGGCAGCUAUCUUGAUAUUCAUCACGGUGAUGCUGGCUUCAGCCAUCGCCGUGUCAUACUUCCCCCUGGAAACAAGCGGCCGAAAGCUGAGUGACCACGUCGCCGCCGCAUGA